AAGGAAAGGAGAUAAGAAGACGAGAUAGCUUCGGGAUUUUUUUCCUCUAUUUCUUGCGAUCUCGAUUUAUUUUUCUCGAAUCGAAGAGCGAGACAGUAGUUGUUAGAUUCUAGGGUUUCGGCAUCUCCGGCGGGGUCUCCGAUGGUGAAAGGGAGGAGGGGCGAAAGGCGGUGGCGGAGCGACGGCGGAGCGGCGGCGUUGGCGGGGUGAUGAAGUGCAAGAAGCACCCCUACGAGCUUGGCGUCGGCGUCUGCGCCUCCUGCCUCCGGGAGCGCCUCCUCGACCUCAUCGCCACCCAGAACGAGCUCCCGACCGAGCACCACCACCUGCGGCCGGACCCCCCUCCCCAGCCGCCGCCUCCGGCGCUGGUUUUCCCCCGAUCCGUCUCCCCCUACGUCUCUCACCGCCGAUCCGUCGGAUCCGAGGCUUCGGCGGCCUACGGCCGCCGCUACAACCAUCGGUUCUUCAGUACUCCCCAGGUUGGCCCCACCUUCGACGCUGCCUCCGACGGGUUCCCGGGCGAUGCGGCCGGGGGCCGGCGCCGGAUCUCCGGGCGGUUCUCUGUCUUCUCGAUCCUGUUCCGCCACCAGAGAUCGGAGGAAGUGGAGAGCGAUCUGGGGAGCUCCAAGAGCUCCGGAUCGGGCUCCUGGUUCUCGGCGCUGAUCCGCCGCCGCCGGAAGAAGAAAUCGCGGAGCUUCUCGGUGGAGGAGGUGGCGGCGACGGGGAGGUCGCAGCCUUCGUGCCGGGCGUCGGACCGGGGAAUGUCGCCGGUUAUCGACGACGACGAGGCGGACGGAUGCUCUAGUGGGUACUCGACGGAAUCUUCGAGCGGGUGGCGGCGGCCGACUCCGACGCCGAUGCGGCGGUUCCCGGCGAGCUCCUUCCACCGGUACGGUGGUCGCGCCGGCGUCUCGAGCUUCGCGGUCUGCCUGAGCCCGCUGAUCAGGGUUGGCCACAACGGCUGGCGGGGGCAGCCGGCGGAGUCGGGGACGACGUCCGGCGAGCUCCGGAGCACGGCGACCCGCCACCGCUGCCGCCACGGGUCUGCCGGUGGCGCCUCUCUCGGACCGAACCGGUCGAGGAAGCUGGCGGACCUCGGCCGGUUCGAUUGACUAUUUGACGCAAGCCAGCGCCAUUAGCCCUAAUCAAGGAGGGGAGAGUUGGUGCGAACAUUAAAAAGCUGCAGAAGGCGCCUGGCACACUGACACGUACCCCGCAUGGAGGUGGGACCCGCGCAUUUCUUGUCAGCGAAUCCGCUUAGGGCGUCUGGAUUCCAGGACUGAUACGCCUCCACUCCACUUCAUGGAGGCUCGCGUGAGAUGAUGUGAUGGCGGAGAGGAAUGUUGAUUUUUUUUUUUUUUUUGAAUAUCAUUAUAGAGUGGCUCAAUUUGAUGUCACAUCCAGGUA